UCGAAUUUUACCAAGAGAAUGUCGUUAAUAUAUUAGUCGUAUAAAAUUAUUUUAUAAUGUCAAUUUCUAUAUGUAAAUUUAGAGGUAGUUAUUAUAAUGUAGGGUUAGAAAUUGGACAAACUUUUAAAUACCUCAUAUCUGAUUUUUUUGAGCAAUAUAAUUGGUUACAUGAGACUUUUAUACCAUUCUAUCAUUCUAAAUUUGGUAAGCAAAUAUAUGACAAUUAUUUAAGUACUUCUAAACAAAUAUAUCCUGAGUAUAUUCAGGAAAUUCAAGGAUAUGCAGAUGGAUCUAAAAUUCCCUUUCAUUAUUUUUUCUUAUGCAUACUAAGGGUUGAAAUAACAAUAAUAAUUAAAGAGAAUCUACAUGAUUUACUUGAUUGUACUGAUGUAUUUUUUGUUGACAAAGUAAACAUUCUUGGUCAUAAUGAGGACAUGCAUGCAGCAAUUAAGGAUAAAGCAUAUGUAGUUGAUGUUGAAAUUAUUGAUGAAUCAAAUUGUAAAAUAAAAGAAAAAUUUACAGCCUAUUGCUAUCCAGGCCAUUUACCAGGUAAUUGUAUGGGUUUUAAUAAUAACAUUGAUCCAUUUAUAAUAACUAUGAAUGGAUUGUCAGCUAAACAUGUAGGAAUAUUAGAUUCAACUCCCAGAGGCAUCCUAUGUAGAGCUGUUAUAGGUAAAUGUUAUGAUAUGAAGAGCUUAUUAAGUAUAUUAUAUGAUUUUGGAAGGGGAACAGCAGUAGGAUUCAGUAUUAAUAUAGGUAUUUCUGGAAACAACAAUAUAUGCCAUCCAUCACCAAAUAAAUUUUUUAAUGUAGAGGUAGCACCAUCUCUUACAAAAUUUGGAAAGUCACAAUUGAAUGUUUUACAAAUAGAUAUUAUUAAAAAAUAUUAUGUCCAUUUCAACAAAUAUGAAAGAUUACAAGUUCCAGAAAUAUCAGAAUUUUUAAUAAGUUCACAGCACCGUGAGAAAGUUGUUCAAACAUUCGGAUCUAAAUUGCAAGCUAACAAUAUACAAGAUAUGCUAGAAAUUCUUGGUGAUACAAGUGAUAACAAUUAUCCUAUAUUCAGGGAAAGUGGUAUAGAACAAAGUCAAUCUAUUACAUUAGCCACAGGAAUAUUUGAUAUGGACCAUAAAGAAUGGACUCUUUAUGAUAAAAACCCAAAGUUUAACAAGCCUAUAUUUAAAAUUGAUAUCAAAUAGAAUUGUAUACCAAUUUAAUCCUGUAUUCAGAGGAAAUAGUAUAAAACAAUUCAAUCUAUUGCCACAGUAAUAUUUGAUGGACAAAAACGAAUGGCUAUUUAAAAUAAAAACCCAAAGUCUUAACAAAUCAAUGAUUAAAAUUGAUAUAAUAAAAUUUUAUACCAAUUUAAAUAUGUAAUGUUUGGUAAAAUUUUACAGAAAAGGAUCCAAUUUUCCCAAUUUUUAUCUUGUUUUUUGAUAAAA